AUGGUUAAGUCACUGGCUUUCUAUUCACGUGAUGCACAAGAGGUUUUUGGUGAAGUUGACAGAGAGAGACUGCGUGUCCUAAAAACUCGAGAGAUAUUUCUGAGGAGAACCAACAACUUUCCAGGACCUCCUAUAAGAAUGAAAUUCACUGCAACAACAUUGAUACGAGAAAUCCAAGUUAAACAUCAUAGUCAACUUGAAAAUCUACUAACAAGUUACAAUUUAAUAAUACCAGAUAAUUACUUAACAGAAGAUAAACAAUUGCUUCAUUCAAAUUCAAUUACUAAACAUUUAUCAUUGGUUAAUCGAAAUUGUUCACGUGAUGCGAAAUGUUCCAUUUCAUUAAUAAAAAUUCCUGAUGAAAGUUGUAAAGAAAUUGACGAAACUCAUAUGAGAAAAAGAAUAAAUCCUAUUAAGCUAAGUAUCACAUCAUCAUUAUCUGUAAUGAAUCCAUAUAAACAUGAUUAUGGACAAAUUAUUUAUCCAGCUGAUAGAUUGAAAUUAUCAAAUUUACAAAUUAUUGUUAAAGAUUAA